AUGAACAAAGUUCAACAACAGCAAACACAAAGUGUUGGAUUAAAAGCAACAGAGAAUCCAGUAGGUGUUGGAAAUGGAGGAAUUCGUGGAGGUGCAUCUCUUAGUCAAGUCAGAAAAAGUCUUGGAUUGGCUGCUAACGAUCCACAAUUGGAGAGAGAUAACCAGUUUGAGUGUUUCUUUAAGGAGAUCAUUUUGGGAAAUUUGGAUUUGAAUAACGUUUUGACUGCCAAGUCAGAUUACGAUAUCCAAAAGGAAACAAAACUAAAGGAUAUUCCCAAUAUAUUUAUGUUGCUGGAUGCAAGCUCACCAGAUAAAAGCAAUCUCUCUGGAAGUUGGUCAGGUAUCAACAGCUAUCCAUAUCAUUUCUUCUUUACUUUCAAUUGGGCAACGAGAGGAAAACCGGUGGCUGCCUACUCUUGUUUCCAUCAGCUAAAGUCGGCAGAUCUCGCUGGAACCUAUGGACUGCUACACAAACAAGGAUCACCAGAUACCAAAGAACUCUAUAAAGAUACCGUUAGAAACAUCGGAAAGUUGGUGAAACACUACGAUGACAACUCGAGAAUCAAGACAGGAUUCGAUCACUACACAGAGUUGUAUCAAGAGCAAGCUGUUGAGGGUUGGGAAGAAACACUUGCCGUUGGCAACUACAUGGUCUAUCAAACCAAGUUGGUCUAUGCCUUUGAAAUUCUAAUGGAAUCUGGAGAGGAUGCCAAACAACUAGAGAUGUUUAUGAAUAACUGCCAUACAACCAUCAAACAAAGUCCAAAAGUAUAUUCACGUGAGAACCGUUUAUUCUAUUUCAUUGAAUUCUACAAGAAUGAACCAUUCUGUAAACCAUACUCACAGAAUCUAUAUAGAACAUGGUCAAAGAAUGAUGUUAUUUCAUAUCUAAUGAAUGAAGGCUGGAAUAAAUGGAAUCUAUAA